AGAGAAAAGCCUGCAUAGUUGAGAUGCCAAGUUGCUGCUGGUUAGGGGACAGCAUGAUCCUGCUACAUCCUAAAGUUAAGCUAGCUCAGCUACUUACUCCCUCUUUUCCAACUUCCAAGCCUUAAAAAUUCCCCAAUCACGGAACCAAAAGGCGGCGCCUUUGAUCGCUUUACACCUCCGUGCAAUGUCCCGUCCUCUUCUAGUGAUCGACCUGCUAAGUUCUGACCAUCGCAGAGCCAGAGUAUCUCACUAGCUACUACUGCACUUGCACGACGAGAGACACCAGCCAAGAAGACGCAGGGAGGAAGGAGAGCAGCGAUGCAGCUUUUCUCAGGCCGGAGCAAGAAGAAUGGCGGCAGCGGCAAGAGCCAGUCCGCGACAUCCACGGCAAAUGCAAAGCACAGGGACGGCGGCAGCAGGUGCCGCGCGCUGUGCUGCGGCGCGUCGACCCGGCUCAGCGUGUCGUCGUCGGCGUCGUGCUCGUCAUUGUCCUUGGACGCGCCAGAUCAGCUGACGACGCGGGGCCACCUGUCCAGCCUCGCCCACGGAAUGGUCCAGGCGAGGCUGCAGUUAAUGAUCGACGCGGCCAACGACAACGACAGCCGGUCGUCGGCUCGCCGCGGGACGACGACGACGGAGCCGGCCGAGCGCCGCCGCUGGCCGCCGUGCAGCUGCUCGUGCGCAAGCGGCGGCGGCGGCGGCAGCAGCUACUACGAGAAGAAGAAGAGCAGCGCGCCCAAGCCCAAGCCCAAGCCCAAGCCGGCCAGCGAGAGGAAGCCGCCGUGCGUCGUGCUGGUGGCCGUGGACAAGAGGACCUACGCACCCCGGGAGGAGUUCCGGCGGUCCAUCGCGGAGGUGAUCGCGGCGAAGCGGAUGGCCGAGCCGGCGGAGCUGCGGGCAUUGCUCAACUGCUACGUGUCCGUGAACGCGCGCGAGCACCGUGCCGCCAUCCUCGAGGCCUUCCACGAGGUUUGCUCCGGCCUCUUCUCUUGCAAAGGUAAUUGAUGUAUGUGCGCUCAUGCGUGCAUCUGCCGUCCUGUCAGGCUCUCACUAUCCAACGGAGGUGUGAUUCUAUUAGCGUGAUAAGCUAAUCUUUUCUACUGUGUGGUUGAACACUGUUGCAAUAAUGUGCUCAAGCAUAUAUAGCGUGCCUGUCUUGGGCAGUUUUCAUCUUGUAUAUAUGUUUUGUUAUUCUGUUGAUUUGAACAUUCUAUGAGUUCAAACAUGUAGGAUCCAUAAUAAGUGCGAUGCCACAAAUGAAUGUUUUCUUGUUGAAUUUAGAGUGCGACAGGGUGUGUAAACUUGUACCAUCCAAUCUGAUUACAGAGAUCCGUGCAAAUAAACGUGAUAAAAUGAUAUUCAUCAA